ACAUGAAACGUGAAAUGCGGUGCGAGUGAGUGGAGUGAAGACCAAGUACAACUCGUUUUGAAGUUGCCAGAAAUAGAGGCUUAAAACACGCCCAUUUUCCCAUUCUUUCCGAUUCAUUCAAACAAUGUUAGAUUUGUUUUUGCUUUUGCUUUUGGUCUGUCUCUCCUAAUUGUUCUCUUUUUUCUAAUCUUUUCUUUUUAUUCACCCCAAAAAAAAAAAAGCGAAAUGGGCCAAACGCCUUCCCUCUCCGAUCGAUUGAGUUGAAUUUUUGUGGGAGUGGAAGAGGCCAUGGGAUCCUCCGGCAGCAAAUCCAAGACGGCGUCGUCUCCGUCUCCGUCUUCGUCUGGUGGCCAAAGAAGAGCUCGAUCUAUUUCUAAAGCCCAGAGAGUAUUGCAAUCCUCUUGCCUCGGGACCACCACCAGAUCUCAUCAUCACCAACACCCUGUUUGUGAUAAUCACAACAAAGAAAAUGCAAGCAAUGGUCAAUCACAUGACCCGAAAAUCGAAUGCUACAACAACAGAAAGGUUAAGGAUGGACAACACUCCGAUGAAAUGCCUUGUAACAUAACUUCAAGUGAUGGUAUUGGUGGCAGUGGUACCACCUCUGGCCAACGACCUCCGUCAGCUCGAUCGGGUCGCUUCCUUUCCCGAUUUAGCUUCAUCCCUGGUAAUGUAAGCUUCAGGCUGAGCAGGGCAAACAGUUUAGGCUCUUCCAGGUCUUAUCCAACAUUUUUCAACAACGAAGACAAUGCUAGCGGAGGGCCCGCCGCUGGUGGCUUUGUCAGUGGGGAUGAGUCUCACCAAGGCACCGAAUUGCUUCCGAUGUCAAUGAUUAACCCAACUCCUGCGCUCUGUUGCGAGGAUUCUUCCGCUAACUUGCAGUUAAACACUAGUCGAGGCGGUUGUUCUUAUUGCUCGGGAGAUGAUCAGGCAGGCUCAUAUGUAGCUAGAAAUGGUAGUAGUGGUUCAGGGAUUGAUGGGAAUUUGUGCUCGCCGAGAAAUCUUUCCGAGAUGGAAAAUGUUGGCAUUAGAGUUUCUGAUAGGAUUGCUGGAGCUAGAGAACCGAUUGAGCGGAAUGUUCGUUUCAGUAGAACAUUAAGUGUUGGAAGACUUCGUGAUAGAGUUCUCCGCCGAUCAUCAUUAUCCGACAUAUCGUUUUGUCCCUCAUUAGUUCAACAGCAGCAACAAGUAGGAGAAGUGAGAGAUACCGACGCCUGGGAGGAUCAGACUGGGACAUUGGCAUCUGAAAGUAGUACUGUAGCCUCCCCAAAUUCAUCUGCUCACCCUUCAUCCAGUAUGUCAAACUCAUUGUUCAGGAUCCAAGAUUAUGAGGUCGAAACGCCUCCAUCCAGAGAAACACGGUAUCAUGAUCUUUUGGAGCAUAGAUCAAAUUUCCUUGAAAGGAGGAGGAGAAUACGAUCUCAGGUUCGCGCUCUUCAGCGGCUGGGAAGCCGUUUUGAAAACGUGUCUGGACACGAGAGGUCCUGCAUCUUAUCUGGUCAACACAGAACAGGUCGUUGUACUUGUCGUGCAAGUAACCGGGACCCCCAUUUGAAUGAUGAUACCAGUGCCAGGGCUAGCAUAUCCAGAAUUGUUAUGCUGGCUGAGGCAUUAUUUGAGGUUCUGGAUGAAAUUCACCAGCAAUCUGUGGUUUUAUCAUCCCGACCUUCUGUUUCUUCUAUUGGAUCUGUUCCUGCACCUAGUGACGUUGUGGAAUCUUUGCCUGUCAAGUUAUAUACGAAGUUGCAAAAACAUCAAAAUGAGGAAGUGGCACAUUUUGAUGCUAGCGGAAAUGGGCUGCACUGGUUGAAACAUAAUUCAGCUGCAGAGCCAGAUUUGGAAGAGAGAGUUUGUUGA